CACAUAAGUACUUAAAUGUAUAUACGAACAGAGACCGUUGAAUUCCAUACGAGCACCGCCCAUGGCCCACGCAGGUAGAAGGAACAAAUCCCAGAACAAAAAUAGCAGACACGGUCAAAAUAGUACAAGUCCAUCUCCGGAUAAGCCCUGGAUUUCACUGGCCCACACCUUUAUCAAAACCAUCUUUGUGACCUCCUCUAUAUCGUUGCUGGCCUUGAUUUCAUACCAGACCCUCCAUGGACACCAUAUCUACCCCACCAAACAUUCUUCCUCCUUCAACGAGGUCAUCAGCAUAGGAAUUGCGGACCAUAAUUGUUCUCUGCCCACAGCGCGCUAUGAUAUCAGUACCGGUAGAGCCGCAUGCUACCCUUCAUCAGGAGGUAUAUGGAUGACCGAGCUAAGCGCCCUUGAACUGCAAUACCUGAAUAUUAACCGCCUCAACUCAUCCGAGAGAUCCCGGGAUCGCGAUGAAGAAAAUCACUUUUGUGAACAACUUCGACCAUUCGGGGGUUCCUGGUAUCCUUCACAUCUCUCGGGUGGGCUAUGGAUCGAUGGGAGGUGUAGUGAGCUACACAAGUUGGAGCCGGCAUUCUCAGUUUCCCGUCGCAUUGGUUACCCAGGGGGAGGAGGUGUAUGGGGUUUGGAUAGAGAACUCUCAACCAGCGACACAGCAGUUCGGAAUGCCUUGACAAUGGAGGAACGGUGCAUUGUUCUAGAAAAACUAGGUGCCAUCUUCUGUAGAGAUAUGAAGUGUUGUUCGGCUUUGACUGAUCUCUCCAAAGAAGCACACGAGCUGGUAGAAGAGAGGAUGAGAUCGAGAAACUUCCAGACGGCAAAGCAUGUAUCUUAGCUUUACCCUAGAUUUGAGUAGUCCAUACAUAUUAUCCCGGGAUUAGAAUUGACUUGUUACUUCCGUGAAAGCGCUGUUCAUCACUGGAAAUUGAUAUUCAUGUGUUGAUCUGGCCAGUGGGGUAUCGCGU